GGGCCUCUCCCUCACUUGUCCCCCCAGCUCCUCCCCCCUCCACCCUCUCCCAUCCUUCUCCCUCUCCCCACCUGUUGAAGCAUUUGUUGCGCGCACCAUAUUGUUGUCUUCUUAUUAUUUCACGUCCACGCCCCGCUCUCCCCUCCCUCUUCCACGCUCCUCUUCCUCCCCUCUCCCCCUCCCCCCCGCCGCUCCCUCCCUCGCCCUGCCGGGUAUAAGAGCCAGAGCCCGGUGGUCGAGCGGGAACAUCCGCCGGAGGGCCACGGGAACCAGCGCACGCCGCGACGGAGCGCGACGGAGAGGACGCCGCAGCUUUCCCCGCCUGGACGUACGCGACUUUGACUGCAGAUGGACCGAGGCGUGUCUGUGUCGCUGUGGUGCGAGGAGGUGGAGGGGGACCAGAGUCGGGGCCCCUCGUCCCAGCUGAGGGCCCCCUGGGAUCCCACCGUGUCGGGGCAACGCGUCAUCCAGAGGCUGCUCCGCGUGGAGGAGCGCUACGCGCCCUCCGCGCUCUACGUCACCCUCAUCCAGCGGGAGCCGGAGCGCAGGGAGGAGCUCGCCAAAUGGGCCCUGGAGGUGUGCUGUGAGUGCGGCUGUGACGAGGCCGUCUUCCCCCUCGCCGUCUCCCUGAUGGACAGGUUCCUGUCCGCCUCGCUGUCCCUGCCCGUCUCGCCCUACUGCCUGGCGGCCGCCUGCGUCCUCAUCGCCUCCAAGCUCACGGAGUGCGACAACGUCACCGCCGACACCCUGUGCGCCGCCGCCGAGUGCGGCUUCCCGGCCUCCACCCUGCGGGAGAUGGAGCGCGUCAUCCUCGCCACCCUCCGAUGGGACACGGCUGCAGUGACUCCGCAGGACUUCCUCCCACAUUUCCUCGCCUCCGUGGGCGAGAGAGGAAGAGAUGGAGACGGCGGCGACUCGGAGGAGGCGCUGCUCUCCACCCUGCGGCGGCACAGCGACACGCUGGCCGCCAUGUGCGCCUGCGACUCCCGCUUCCUGGGAGCUCCGCCGUCGCUUGUCGCCGCCGCGUCGCUGAACAGCGCCCUGCGGGGCCUGGGCAGCAAGGGCCCCGCUCAGCUGGCCGCCAUCUGUGAGGCUCUGGCGGAGCUCUGCCAGGUCGACCUGGUGGUGCUGCAGUGCUACAGUGACAUGAUCGAAUACGGCCUCCGGCAGCGGCUGAGGACGGGCCUGCAGCAGGGCCCCAUGGAGAAGGGGGAAGAGGUGGAGACCGAAAGGCCCGGGACCCCUACAGACAUGAGGGACAUCGAUUUUUAAGCACCGGCUCAACUAAUGUUGCAUUGAACACGUGAAAGUCAAUCAGUCAAACUGAUUUAUAUUGAUCAUGACCUCCAAAUGCCUGGUUAUAUCUUGAUAUUUAAAAAUUACUUAACUGAGUGACUGUUAAUUUAUUUUGUUUUUAAACUUUAUUUAUUUGUUUUACGGGAAUCGUUUUUUAUGUGCCAUAUUUUAUUAUCUAUUUUUAGUAAUUUUAUUGAGUGCCUAGAUGUUAUUUUUGUUGAAUAUAUUUAUACCUUUAAUUUAUUAUCACGUGCAAUUGUUGUCUCUUUCUGUCUUAAUUUAUUUCAACUUGCCAUUACUUUUUGUGUGUGUGUUUAAUUAAAUAUACAACAGAGCUAUUUUUCAAAGAAAUUAAACGUUUAAAACGUUUGUAAA